UUCCCAGCAAAACAACGCAAAUCCGACACGAUAUCCCGACAACGAAAGCAAUUGAACAAUUGUAGUACCCAUGUAAAAAGCAUCCGGGUUUCCUCCAAUGCCGAUAUCCCGCCACAACCAAUCCCAGAAAUAGCAAAGAACAGAACAACCUAUUUACAAGUUCUGGACCCGCGCCAGGUCCCGUCCAGAACGGUUAAAAACUGGAGCAAUCGGUCGCCGCCGCCCCAGUUCGAAUCGUAUCGCGCCGGUGUCAACCAGCAGUCAAGCCCAAACGGCUCCAGAUAGUAGCCCUGAGAAGAAAUUUGCUGAGCAACGCGCGCCAGAAGCUUGUGGUGACCUGCCAGAGCUUGGGCGUGUCAACUCUACAUUUCAUUUGAAUAUGAUUGCCUGCCCACCGAACCGAACCAACUGAAACGUACUCGCGACUAGGCAUACGUACAAAUUACGCGCGCGCGCGCUCUCGCCCUUGUACGGCGGUGGUGGUCGGCAAGAUCAAGUUCGCUAUCCGGGAAUUCUCGUCUAGAAGUUGUGGGAAAUUGCGUUGGCGUGAGAAAGUGUGGCUAGCUGCAUGCGGAUCAAGUUGGUGUGUAGGAUAGUGGAGAUAAUUAAUUGAAGCCUGUCAGCUUAGUGCGUGCCAUUAAGGAGACUUCGGAACCCGUCGUCGUCUGUCAUCAUUGGAAUUGGAAGCUCGUAGCUAAUCCGGAUUAGGCGUGGCAACUGGCGUGGUGCUGAUUGAUUCGCGAAAAUGAAGGUCUGGUUCGUGGCCCUAGUGUUGACAGCAGUGCCGUUGGUGAACAGUGGGCCCUAUCCUCGCACAACCAGUUCCUACUUCGACUCGAACGGAUUCUUCCAGUUUACGGAUAAAACUCAUCAUCGAUUUUACAACUUUUACCAACAUGUGACUGAACCCAUCCGCUCAGAAAAACUCAUCUCGACCAACGAAGUUUGGCCUACCGCAACCUCAAGAAACCUCAUGACACAAGGUUCCUUCUCCUAUCGUGAAGAGGACGACUUCGGCCCAUCGAACUGGGGAGCCCUGAACGCCACCUGCGAGGGUAUGUACCAAAGUCCAAUCAACCUAAUCGCCAAUCGGUCCGUGAUCGUCCAUCGGAAGCGAGCUCUGGAGCUGGAGGGUUUCAAGAACGUUCCGCUAGCCAUGGUAGUGGAAAACGAAGGCGGAGCCGCCGCUUUCUUUCCCGAGUUCCGGAAGGACGAUCUACCGAGACUACGUGGAGGGCCGCUUCGGGGGGAGUACCUGUUCUAUCAGUUCCACUACCAUCUGGGGUCGGAGCACACGUUCGACAAGAAGAGAUAUUCGGCUGAGAUGCAUCUGGUGUUCUACAACGAGCUGUACGGAUCGUUUAAGGCCGCCCGGGAUCACGCCAAUGGAGUGGCAGUGAUUGCGUUGACUUAUGAUGUGUUGAAAAGCCGCAGGAUCAAUUCGCUGAAUAAGUGGACCCGGGCUUUGGCGGAAGUCAUCGAGGAGGGAAGCGAGUACAGCAUACCUCGGCAGGGGUUGUUUUCGGUGGGUGAGGUAUUGGGGGACAUGGAGUGGCCGUACUUUGCGUACGAAGGAAGCCUAACGACGCCACCCUGCUCGGAGACGGUACAGUGGAUUGUGGCUAGCGAGCGGCGGUUGCUGACUCGGAGCGAGCUGAAAACGAUGCGAACGAUCAAGGGAAGAGGUGGCGAUUGGGUGCAGACGGCGCGACCAACGCAGGCUCUCAAUUUCCGAAGGGUGUUCAUCUAUUGAUGUUUGUACAUGGUUGGUAGAGUGGGGUAUGGUGUCCGUUUAAAUAGAUCAAAGCUUUUUAAUUAAUUUCGGUACCUGCAAACCAUGCCAAUUUGAGCGCGAUCGGUUGUGUCUACGUGUUGCACAUGGCAAUAGAAGUUUUCAUUGCAGUUUUUCCUGAAAUCAUACACUUUGUUAUGUUUUUGUUCGUAAAGGGACUGAAAAACUUUGUCCAAGAGCUAUGUUCUACAAACAUUUCCAUAGCGUUUUUGUUUCAACAUCUAAAGGAAUGACAAUAAAUAACAAAAUGUAUCUGUUUAAGCAAUGUCAACGAAUAAACUUUGUUUAUAAGCGUCGGAUUACUUCGUGAUCUUGGACAAUGUUUUUCAGCACAUCUGACCUGUGAUGUUCUCUUAUGGUUCAAGAAAAAGGUGAAACAUCAAGAAAUCCCAUUGCAUUUUUGCAUACAAACUUUAGAGGCACAAAUCUGACGAACGCACUUGUUUAUCCUGGCUUUGCUCACUUGCCAAAAGGGGCUGCUUUUCUAAAUCGAGCGCAUAUGUUUACGAAUUUACAGGAUUGAUGCUCUUGAAAACGUGAGUAGGGGACCAAGUAGGCUAUUGUGGCAGCCAUAUUUGUAUUCUCUGAUGUUUCUCCUUGAAUUCCAUUACAAACUUUCAGAUGCGUUGCACAAGUUUAGGCAAAAUUGGUGCCCACGAAAACGAAGAAGUACAAAAAAAAUCGUAGACAUAACCGAUCGUCCACAGUUGGAAUGAAACUAGAAUAAACUUAAUCUGGUCAACAGCGGUGGAAUUUGUUUUUCCUACAUAACAGAUGGCCCAGCCUAACUGUUAGCAUAGAUUGAACAUCUAGAAUUUACUUACUUGUCUGCAAUAACUGAAUGUAUUCCUUGAAUUUUCAUAAGAAAUUAUCAAAGUGUUGAUUUGUGAACUGGAUUUUAAAUAUAAGAUAUAGCAAUAAGAUAAGGAAGAUUGUACAUAGUAUACGGAUACAACAUGAAGAAAUGCGACCUACACCCGAGAUGAAACACCUCGCUCCAUCUAUCGAUACUCUGUGUGCCAUUAGUUAAUAAGGUAAUUUCUGAGCUCUUCCUAUCGUUGAGAUAUUUUUAAAUGUUCUGUAAGAUAUUAGGCUGGCAAGACAAUAGGAUUAUUAAAGCAGCUUUAAAAUUCCAUCCAGAGCUCACUUCAAAGAUUACAAAUAUCUACAUCUACAAGUAUGUCUGAAUCUAACAUUAAAAUGAUGAUUCAAGUCAGUUUUAUAUAGCUCAUAUGACAACAAUUGUGUAUGAUAUGGUGAAGCCGUCUCGAAUGGAGCUUUUAUUCAUUGCUGUGCUGACAGUAAAAGAUACAAAUCCUCUCCUCUCUCCUCUUCUUGGCGUAACGUCCUCACUGGGACAAAGCCUGCUUCUCAGCUUAGUGUUCUAUGAGCAUUUCCACAGUUAUUAACUGAGAGCUUCCUCUGCCAAUGACCAUUUUGCAUGUGUAUAUCGUGUGGCAGGCACGAAGAUACUCUAUGCCCAAGGAAGUCAAGGAAAUUUCCUUUACGAAAAGAUCCUGGACCGACCGGGAAUCGAACCCGUCACCCUCAGCAUGGUCAUGCUGAAUACCCGUGCGUUUACCGUCUCGGCUAUGGGCCCGAUAAAAGAUACAAAUCUCAGAUUCUAAUCCACGAGCAAAGUUUUUUUUUCUUAUCUUACAAAAUUCAUUGUGUCCAUUAGAAUAAGGAAUAAUAGUUUUAACUAGCCAAAUGAUAAUCUUAAUUGAACAAUAUCGAAAUUCAUCAAAACAACAUACUUUAAGAGCUAAUAAAAUUGUAGUCUCGAAAAAGGUGGCAAAUAAAGGGUGUCCACGAUGAAAUUGGCAAAAUAUUUUAUAACUUUUGAUUGCGUUCGCCAAAAUAGCUAUUUUUUGACCUUGAAUAGUAUAUUAUGUGUAGCUAAUACCAUAAAAUUUUCAUUAAAAUCGGUUGAGUAUUGGCGGAGAUAUCGUUGAAAUAAGGUAAUUGCGACUUGAGAAUCUUGUGCAAACAAACUUUUUGGAAAAUAGGUACCACUUUUUUGCCGUUUCAACUCUGGCGCCAAAAAUACCGAACCGAUUUCAAUGAAAAUUUUUAUGUACGUAAAGUAUGUAUGUAGAAGUAAUUUGACAAAAUUUCAUUCAAUUUGAUCAUACCGUUAAAAAGUUAUAGCCAUAUAUGUCGCACUAUGUCACAAUAAACAGAUGUGGUUUUUGAUAUAGUGAAAUUCAAACUGGCCUUUAAAAGUACUCAACAAAAAUGGCUGAAAUUUUCACUGUAAACAGUUUAACACAACAAUUUUACACUGUCAAAGUUUUAUAAAAAUCGGAACAGUGUUACCAGUUCUACAGUCGAAAUAGUGCACGCGGAACUAAAAAUGGUCAAAAAGUACCUAAAAUUAACCUUGAAGCGAUUUGAGCUUUGGAUAUUUACUAGAAAAAGUACUGAACCGAUUUCAAUCAAAUUUUACCACCUAAUUGAUACUAUGUUAAGAAUAUCAAAUGAAAUUUUUGAAACGUUUUUAUGAGGUAACAAAAAAGUUAUAGCCUAACCAAUUUUUUGAAAUGGGUGCCCAAAUUUUCUAAAAUCUCAUUUAAUGAUAUCGACAAUAUCUGCGCCAAUACUCAACCGAUUUCAAUGAAAAUUUUAUGGUAUUAGCUACACAUAAUAUACUAUUAUGUGUGCCAAUUCUGUGUGCCAAUUUCAUCGUGGACACCCUUUAUGUUUUCAAAACAUAAAAUUUUAACAUCAAUGACAUGAAAGUCAUGGAAAAUAAUCGGUUCUUAAUUGAAAUUAAGCCAUUGUAACAGUUCUGUGAUUUUACAUUUUCUUCAUUCCACGAGAAGCACAUAUUUUGAGUUUCUGUUCAGUGAAUAUACUACUGGGGAUAGAAAAUUUCUCUGCGGGU